GCUCCGCUCAGUGCUCUUGCUCCGUGCCGCUUUGAGCAGCAGGUGCUCCCUCGUGAAAACAUCCUUCUUAUUUGAGUUUUUGUUGCUGUGAAAUUUCUACAGAUAGUCUGUUGGGGUCAGAAGCUGUUUCUCCGCCAAAAUUCAAAUUUUAUUUCUGAUUGAUUACGCAAAUCGCUAACAAUCAUCUACAAAGAGAAGAAAAGUUCUAAUGAUCUUUCAUUUACCUAUUAUACGAUUCUCCUGCGGUGCCUUUGAUAUCAACAAUUUCAAAACCUAUCCAUGAGUUUGAUUUCCGAUUUUAGUGCAAAGACGUCUCCAUCCCUCGCAGAAGCAUUUCUUUUUCCAUCUUGGUCCUUGGUGCAGGUUUUUGCUAACACGUAUGCGGGACACACUUCUUUGGAUUUCGGUGGCACCCUUUGCUUUUGGUACCAUUUUUUUUGGUUGCCGUGUUGUGACUUUUACUCUUUCAGGCUGCCAAACAUAGCUUGCCAAGAAGUUCCUCCGGACAGGGAAGCAGUAGCUGCUGUUGAUGCCUGAUGGCAGCUGUUCCUCCUUCUCAGUUGUUCAUUGCCCAUCAAACACAACAGGUUGGAUAUCAGGGCUCACAAGAUGUAGCAGCGAAACCUCCAGAAACAGAAACAACAGCCGUCUUAUUGAUUCGGCACCUUCCUGAAGCCAUUCCUUAUGACACCCUCUUUCGACUCUUCUCCCAUUAUGGUGCCACUGGGCUGCGUCCUUGUAGUAGUGGAAGACUGAGAAACUGUGCAUUUGUGGAUUUUAAGAAUGAAGGUUUGGCUUCUCAAGCACAACGUCAGUUAAAUGGGUUGCGGUUCCUUGGUAAAGUCUUGUCAGUGGAGAAAACAAGUAAGCCAAUUUGUGUUAAUAAAAAUCAACAAGGGGAAGCUCCGGAUAGAAAGGAUUUUGCUCCACCCACUACUUUGUUGAAGCAUGGUACUGUAACCAAAGAUGUUAGUGAAAGUUCCAAAUCAGGAUCCCUGCCUGGCAGGGAACCCAUCGCUGAAAGACUUGGUGUUGACUAUCCAUUUCCUCCUCACCUUGAGUAUGCGUAUCCUCCACCCGAUGGAAAUAUUCUGACCAAUAUUGUAAAUGCUCUUAUUGCUGUUCCUCGAUUCUACACACAGGUAUUGCACUUGAUGAACAAAAUGAAUAUACCGGCUCCAUUUCGGAUGGCACUGCCCACUCCACCUCUACCACCUCCUUCAGUGCCCAACCCCCUACCACCACCUCCCCCUCCUGUUCCUGCAGCUCCAGAACCUUGUCUGGCAGAUUUAUCUAGUGCAGAGUCAGAAUUGGAAUCUUCUGACGAGGAGCCUCAUGAAAAAGCUUAUACCGUUGGAGAUCAAAGAAUAGAAAAUCGUGGUCGAAAGCGUGCCAGGCGAGAAGCUAUUGUUGGCCCUGCAGUUGAUAAAGAUGUGGCUCAUGAAGCUGUUGGUUUAAAACCCGCUACCCUGGUCCCAAAGGAGAUCCCAAUGAUAAAAAAGAAGAACUCUGUGCUACAGUUCAAAAUUGCCCCCAAAGACAUCCAAAAUGAACAGAAAGAUGAUAGUGUCAUGAAAGAAUUAGGAGAGCCAGCGAAGGAGUCCAUAGAUCUCAAUACUUAUGCAACUCCAGAAGAAUUGAAGAAUGGGAAGUUGCCUCCUGAGGAAAUCUUAUCUCUUCCAAUGUUCAAGAAUUACACAGCUGGGAAUCCUGCUUCUGUCUUGUACGUAAAAAACUUGGCAAAAGAUGUCGUAGCUGAUGACUUUUACUUCCUAUUUGGGUCAUUAUUUGGAAGUGCAGAUGCAGCUAAAUCUGGUCUUAGUGUGAAGUUAAUGCAGGAGGGAAGAAUGAGGGGCCAAGCCUUUGUGACAUUUCCCUCGGUUGAACUUGCCAAUCAUGCUUUGAAUCUAGUGAACGGAUACCUGUUCAAAGGCAAGCCGAUGAUCAUCCAGUUUGGACGGAAUCCUGUAGCUGCCAAAGCAAAAUAGGCAAGCUAAUUUAACUGCAGAAGGAAGCUGUUUAUUUAUACUGCAACCAUCUGAGUUCCUCAUUGAUUAUUGGCUCAUUUGUGAUGGAGCUCCAUUUAGCCUCCAGAAAUAGGUCACAUUAUGUGUGAAAUUGAUGUGGCUUGCAAGGAAGGCACCUAGGAUCCUGCUGCUUAAAAGGUUGAAAAUGUGAGGACAUGAGGCCCUAGGAAGCAUGUGCUUCCCAUCCAAUAAAAUUACACCACAUGAGCAGUGCGAAUCCAAUAAGCUUCGCGCAGCAAUAUUUUGUAGGACUGGGGCACAUUCCCCAGGAUACAUUAGUGUUUCCUUCCUCAGGGAUCAAAAUGAGGGGAAACUGCAUCAACAAGAGUACUGCAGUCCUUGUGCAGGAUGCUGAGUUGCCCUCAUAGUUACAAUCAUGCCCCAUUAGAAUUGCAAAAGUAGUUGUAUUGUUGUAAAGAAACCUUUUCUUAAAUUGGAUUGCUGAUUUUCAUCCUUAUUUAAUAGAUACAUUUGUGGAAACUAUGGGGGAAAAUGCCUAUUGAAUGUAAAUAGGGCUGGAAUGCUGUGUGACCUGCUGGGAGAAAUAUGUUGGUGCAUGGUGCAUGUCAAGUUUAGGGUAUUGCUUUUUA